AGGCCGCAUCCACUGGUCUAGGCUGUAGGAUGGUAGCGCACAGCAAGGUGUCAGCAGAUAAUGCAGUUGCAGCAGACCCGAGAUGUCUACUUGACCCUCCAGCACGGGAUCGUUCACAGGCUCGAGGCUACCACGGCCCAGGCCGGCCCAGCACUGUGCAGGCACAGAGCAACACGCACUUCCGAACUUUUCGCUCGCAAGCGGAUUUUAGUAGCAUCACUCGAGCAAGCAGCCUGCUGGAUGCCUGUGGCUUCUACUGGGGACCUCUGACUGUCAAUGCUGCCCACGAGAAGCUGAAGUCUGAGCCCGAGGGCACCUUCCUCAUCAGGGACAGCACACAAAAGAAUUGCUUCUUUGCCAUCAGUGUUAAAACGGCGACUGGGCCCACCAGCAUCCGGAUAAACUUUCACACUGGGCGUUUCAGUCUGGAUGGCAGCAAAGAGACUUUUGACUGUCUUUUUAAGCUGCUGGAACAUUACCUAAGCUCCCCGAGGAAGGUACUGGUUACCCCCCUGCGCAAAGUCCGCGUGCAGCCCCUGCAGGAGCUCUGCCGGAAGAGCAUUGUGAAGACUUUUGGAAGAGAGAACUUAAGCCAGAUCCCCCUCAAUCCUGUUUUAAAGGACUAUCUGAAAUCCUUCCCAUUUCAGAUAUAAGUACAGCAUUAACUGCAUAGGGAUGCAUGAGAGAUGUGUAAAGGAAUCCAGCUUCCUGGGUUUUUAAAAAUGUUUGACAGUGAGCAAACUUAUUUUUGUAGCAAUUUACUGUAUUUUGGGACGGAACUUGAACACUUGACUUAUGUUUACAAAAACCGUUUGCACAAACCUGGGGUUUUAAAACCCUGGCAUAAUUUUUCUGCCAAGCAGAAUAUUUUAUUAUUUUAUAAUAUUUUUAAUGAUAUUAACAUAAUAAACUUUAUUAUUAAGG